GAACAAUCAGCAUUUAUUUUCAGAUACAAGAAUCCAAGAGUUCUAGUUCAUUUAUUCUCAAUGGGCUAAUUUUGUCCCUACAUCACUAAGGCUUAAUUCAAAAGACUAGAGUUACACACGCUCGAGAGGAUCCCUUAAGGCCGAUGCUCGGACAAACCCAAAGAGAAUCCUCAAUGGGUGGGUUGGAGUCUUUACCAAGGAAUUCCUUAAGUAGAACAGUGACUCCCGAAUCGCCAGGGACUGGGAAUACAGCUCUUGCUGUAGCCGUCCCUCUGUUGCAAACGGUGGACACCACCUUAAAACUAGUGGCAAAACAAGCUGAUGAUCAGAAUCAGGAUGGUGCUAAUGAAAAUGAGAAUGAUACUUCUGUAGAAACAAAUUCUCCUGCCCAGGUUGAAACAAAUUUGAUUCAAUCUGAUCAAAAAUCUGAGUCAAUUAAUCUAGAACAGAUACUAGAACCUGGAGCUGAAACCCUUGAAAUAGAUCAUGAGGUACAAUCUGCAAGUGACAUGUAUACAAAUAUGGCAAGAGUUGAAGCUUUGGCAACCACCAUUGUUAAUGGUAGGGAUGCUAUGGCUCCCGAGCCAGCUGGCAGUGCUGAAGUCAAAGCUGUGUUGGUAGAGCUUGAACAAAUCUGUGUUGGUGAGGAUGCUCAGGAGACCAUCCAAAAUCCAACUUACAUCGACCCUAAUUCCGAGAUUGAACAAAGCUGUAAUGACCAAACUACUAUCGGCCCUGUUCUUCAAUCUUUUGAGGUGGACGGACAGCACUAUGAAAUCAGGUCCUAUGAAGAAGCGAAGACAAGUAACCUAAGGGAGGACCCUAACGACUUCCAAGAUGUCCAGAACAGACGCAACAAAAAAGCGGGGAAGAGGGGAACUGCACCAAGGACGAUUAAAACUAGAAGCUACGAUCCAAAUCUUGAAGUUGGAACGGUGAGCGAGAUCACUAGAUACUGGCCCAGCCGCAAAUCAACCACAAGGGAGAAAAUCGUCACCACCAAAAGUUAUUCUGGGCCCUUUUGGCAUGUUGGACCCGUCGGCCCAAUUGGGGCAGAUGGGAAAAGGCCAAAGAAAAUAAUGCCCAGAAACCUUGCCUUGGAUCAGCACCCGGGAAAGGAAGAUAGCCCCAUAUUUCCUGUAUGGGUUACGAUGGACAAGCUUCCCCUCCAUCUCAUUGAUUUCCAAGCUCUUUACACCAUUGGCACAUUGUUGGGUAGACCUGUUAAAGUGGAUGAUUACACAGUUAAUAGAUACCGUAGAGAAAGUGCCAGGAUAUGUAUUGAAAUUGACCUAUCCCUUCCACCACCACCUAAGAUUAACAUAAGGUUAGGGGAGAAAGAUCUUGUUAUUAACUGCACUUAUGAGUCAAGGCCUAUUUUCUGCACCCAAUGUAAGAAAUUAGGCCACAAGAUUGGCAUCAAUUGCAGUAAUAGCUGCAAUUCCAACAUCCAUCUACCCACCGGAAAAGUUCCCUCCGGCAAGGGUAAGGUGGGCAUCCAGGGAGAGAAUAAUCUCAAUUGGGAAAUGGUCAGGAGAAAAAAGACAAGAGGAAUACAGUUGAAGGAAAAGGCUACAAAACAACAAGCACUGGCAGGGGAACAGGGGUUAGUGGCCAACAGAGGAUUUCAAAAUGGGGCAGGCAAAAAAGGUCCCACUAUUUAUGAAUGGAAAGCCAAAGUCAGUAAUAAUUUUACCACCCCAAAUUUAAUGGACCUACUAUAUAAUGAAGAAGAAAAUCUACAAGAUGACAAUACUUCACAAGGGGGAAUAAGGGACACGUAUUUCCCAACUCUAUCAGAGGCAAAGGCAUAUGCAGCAAGGUCUCAUAAGCAGAAAACAUUAGCAGAUAAAGCAAAAAGUAUGGUGGAUAAGCAUUCAGAUUUAAUUACCUCCAUCACUGAUUCUGACUUCAUAUGCUCCAAAGAUUACUGCAACAUCAUUAACACACCCCCAGCACACAAAGGGUCCAUGGAUGAUUGUAUCAACAUAAGCUCACCAGUCAAAGGACUUGCCAUGCUAAUUGAAGAGGUACAUCAUCUACCAGCAACAGAGGAUGAUAUGGAGGGGAUCAAUGGCUUUGGAUACCACUCUGAAGGAGAUGGAGUGAGAAGUAAUGGAAGAGUUCUCAGAAGAUUGGAUAGAGUCUUGGUCAAUAAACAGAUGAUUGACUCAUUUGAUGAUAUCACUAUCACUCAUAUUAGCAAUACAAGCUCAGACCACAAACCAAUACUUCUUCAAUGCAAAUCUGAAGACAAAGGAGGGGCCAAACCUUUCAAAUUCCCAGAUGCCUGGAUCAAUCAUCAUGGUUUCCACAAAUUGGUUGAAGAGUACUGGAACAACAAUACUACUUAUUCUGGCAUGUAUGGAUUAGGUCAUAAGCUUAAAGGGCUUAAAUCUGUUAUUAAGGAGUGGAACAAUAAAGUUUUUGGAAAUAUUUUCACAAACUUGAAGAAAGCAGAAGAGAAUGCAGUUCAGGCACAAGAAGCCUAUGAAAUUGACCAUACUUCUUCUAACAGAGAGGCAGAUAACAAGGCUAGAGCUCAACUUUUGUUAGCUGUAGCUAAUGAAUGCAGUUUUUGGAAGCAGAAGGCAAACAUUAAAUGGAUGGAAGAAGGUGAUAGCAAUUCAAAGUUCUUCCAUGAUUUUGUAAAGGGCAGAAGGGCCAGGUCAAAAAUCAGAUCAAUGACGGAUCAAAAUGGUAAGAUGUGCACAGACUUAAGUCAAAUCCAGAAAAUGGCUGUUGAUCACUAUACAAAGCUAUUCUGGGAAAACAAACAGGUGCAGAUGGACCCUAUUCUUGAAUACCUGGAGCAGACUAUUACUCCAACAGAUAAUGACAACAUCAUGAAAAUUCCUACAGAGAAGGAAAUCAGAGAUGCAGUGUGGAAUCUCAACCCUAACAGUGCACCUGGCCCUGAUGGUUUCAAUGGGAAUUUCUUCAAAUCUUGUUGGGGAAUUAUUAAAGAUGAUGUAGUUAGGGCUACACAGGAAUUUUUCUUAGGGGUUCCAGUUCCAAAAUCUUAUGGCAGUACCUUCAUUAGUCUCAUUCCCAAAAAGGAAGACCCUAAAGAAUUUGGGGAGUACAGACCCAUCUCUUUAUCUACCUUUAUGAGCAAAAUCAACACAAGGCUUCUAGCAGACAGAAUACAGAACAUCCUACCCAAAAUAAUUUCAUCAGAGCAGACUGGUUUUCAAAAAGGGAUGGGCAUUGAUGAUCAAAUACUAUUGGUGGAAGAAAUGGUGCACAAGAUAGAGGAAAAAACUAGAGGAGGUAAUAUGAUCAUUAAACUGGAUAUGGCGAAAGCAUUUGACAACCUUGAAUGGGGAUUCAUACAAGGGGUCCUAAAGAAAUUGGGUUUCUCAACUCAAGUGAUAUCCCUGCUCAUGGCUAACCUAAAAGCUACCUACUUCUCUAUUCUCAUCAAUGGGAGUCCAUAUGGAUUUUUUCAAAUGAAAAGAGGGGUGAAACAAGGGGAUCCUUUAUCACCCCUUCUUUUUAUAAUUGCUGCAGAAGGUCUAUCUAAGGCUAUUCACAAAUCUAUGGAAUCCUCAUAUAUCAAGAAUUUUAACACAGGCAGAGACUUAUUGAUAAGCCAUCUAGCAUAUGCAGAUGAUAUUACUAUUUUCAGCAAUGGAGAUGCUAGGAAUCUGCUCAAGCUCAAAAAUCUCCUGCAAAAGUAUCUGGAUGCUUCUGGGCAGGAGAUUAAUUACAAUAAAAGCAGAUUCUACACUGGAAUCAAGGCUAGGGAUAUCUCAAAGAUUGAGAAUCUCUUACACAUGAAACAUGACAGGCUCCCUUUUAAAUACCUGGGAGCUCCCAUUUGUAAGGGUAAACUUAAGAAGACAGACUGUGGGGAACUUCUAAAUCAUUUCAGCAAAUACAUUGAUACAUGGUACAGCAAGACCCUCAACCAAAUGGGAAGGCUCAUACUCAUUAAACAUGUAUUAUCCUCCAUCCCAUUACAUCUAAUUGCAGUUCAUACACUUCCAAAGUCCAUUAUCAACAAACUUCACUCGAUGAUGAGUAAUUUUUUCUGGGGAAAGAAUAACAAGAAAGAAAAACACCACUGGAAAAAAUGGGGAGACCUCUGUUUACCUAAGAGUGAAGGUGGUUUGGGUCUUAGAGAUUUACAUGAGCUUCAGGAGGCCUACUCAAUCAAACUAUGGUGGAACUACAGACAUAGCAGUUCAAAGUGGGCACAUUUCAUGAGAGCUAAAUAUGGAACUCUAAGUUUCGAGGAAAAACUCACUGAUUCUCCUACAAGGAAGAGGAUUUGCAGAAUACACAUUAAGGCAGAAGAGUACCUUGGUGAUCUCACAAGGGAGCUGGAAGAGGAAGACGAAAAUGAAGAAAUUCAUAUGUCCAUCAAGCAGGCAUUUGAAUACUGCAGAAUUCAAAACAACUUUCAGCUCAGUGACAAAUUCAAUUGGAAUACACUUCAAAUUCCUAAAGUACAGAUGUUCCUAUGGAAAGCAAACAAUAAUAUAUUACCAUUCCCGGAAGCACUUGGCUCAAUGGGAUAUUGUCUGCCUUCCAGAUGUCCUUUCUGCCACAAUGCAGAAAUGAACAUUGAUCAUUGUCUACUACAAUGCAAUAAGAUUAGGGAGAUUUGGGAGAAACUAGCAAGCAUUUGCGAAGGGCCAGAAUUAAAAGAAAGAAUUUCACUAAAGCAGCAUGUGAUGGAAUGGAAUUUAAGAUCAGAUACUAAAACUCUGAGAGGAGUUAUGAAGCUUAUAUUACCAGGAAUGAUAUCUUGGUCAAUUUGGAAGCACUAUGCAGAAAUUACCUUUGGGAAUGAGAAGGAGAACAUCACUGCCAUUACUCAGACGCUAAAGAAAAUCCUGACCACAUGGAGCUGGAAAUACAAACAUAAGGGGUGGAUGAUUAAGGAUAAUACGUUGAUGGAUUUGGGGUUACAAACAUUCGCUUUGAGCGGGGAAACUAUUCGUAUGGCGGCAAACGGCAAUUGAAGAUGUCUGGAAUGGAUUCUUGUUUUUUCUUUUGUUAAAUAUGAUUGUAAUUUCUCGUCUUGACUUUCGGGGCGUUGGUCUAGUCCUC